GUCUGGUUUGUUGACAGGAAGCAGGCGGAGUGGAUGUAGUUGACAGAAGAAGUCGGCUUGUUUCGCCAAGAUUGUGGGAAUAAAUUAUGCGUUUUAACAUCGACUCGAGGCAAAAAUGCAAUGGAGGUCGAUAGUAGUCGGCCUGGUCGUUGUGAGACUCUCUCUCAGCUGUGUUUUGUGGUUAGCCUUCGCGCUGGGACCAACCACUAGCUGGGGCUUUAACUUCCACAUCAGUUUCAAUUUGAACAAAUUUGACUUGUUGUUCAGGGAGGAGAAAGCCGACAAGCCGAAGGACAGCUCGUGGUCUCAGCGAAUACACGGCCGUAAGUAUGAGGAGCGGAAGACCGCCUGUGAAAAGGAGAAACAGGAGGAGCCACCGACCAGGUCCUACCUGAAUCUGUUUGACAGCAACCGGGAUGAGUACGUGAGGAGAUACAGCUCCUUCCCGGACACACUCAAAGCCAAAAUGAAAGGCAUGGCCAGAGAAAUGUUCUACUUCGGAUAUGACAAUUACAUGAAAUAUGCGUUUCCCGAAGAUGAGCUGAAUCCUAUCGACUGUGAAGGGAGGGGACCAGACGUGCAAAACCCGUCAAACGUCAACAUAAAUGACGUCUUGGGAAACUACUCACUCACACUCAUCGAUACUUUAGACACAUUGUUGGUGCUUGGCAACGUCACUGAGUUUCAGAGAGCUGUCAAGCUUGUCAUAGAUACCAUAUCAUUUGACAAGAACUCGACCGUGCAGGUGUUUGAGGCGAACAUAAGGAUUUUGGGAAGUCUUAUCUCGGCCCACAUUUUGCUAACAGACCCAAAGCACCCAUUCGGUAAAGUGGUCCUUGAAGGUUAUGACAACGAGCUGCUUAACUUGGCUCGGGACUUGGCUGUCCGCUUGCUACCAGCCUUUGAAAACACCAGCACAGGCAUUCCUUAUCCUCGGGUGAAUCUGAAGACUGGAGUUCCUCCUGAUAGCAUCAAUGAGACCUGCACUGCAGGAGCUGGCUCCUUGCUUGUGGAAUUUGGGAUUCUGAGUCGUUUGAUUGGAGAUUCUACAUUUGAGUGGGUAGCCAGACGGGCUGUGAGAGCUCUGUGGAACCUGAGGAGCAACGAAACCGGUCUGUUAGGGAAUGUAGUUAAUAUUCAAACAGGAAAGUGGGUUGGCAAACAGAGUGGUCUGGGAGCUGGUAUGGACUCUUUUUAUGAAUAUUUGCUUAAAUCAUACAUCCUUUUUGGGAAUCAAGAGGACUACACGAUGUUCCAAGCUGCUUAUGAGAGCAUACAGAACCAUCUAAGAAGAGGGAGAGAGUCCUGUAAUGAAGGUGAUGGUGAUCCCCCGCUCUAUGUUAACGUAAACAUGUUCAGUGGUGAGAUCAUGAACACCUGGGUUGACUCUCUUCAGGCCUUCUUUCCUGGUUUGCAGGUGCUGAAUGGUGACGUUGAUGAUGCCAUUUGUCUCCAUGCCUUCUACUAUGCCAUCUGGAAACGCUAUGGGGCUUUGCCUGAGAGAUACAACUGGCAACUGCAGGCUCCUGAUGUGCUCUUCUACCCAUUAAGGCCUGAACUGGUGGAGUCAACCUACCUGUUGUACCAGGCGACCAAAAACCCCUUCUAUUUGCAUGUUGGAAUGGAUAUUCUUCAAAGCCUGGAGAAAAAUGCCAAAGUCAGAUGUGGGUAUGCAACUCUCCACCAUGUUGUGGACAAAUCCAAAGAGGAUCGUAUGGAGAGCUUCUUCCUGAGUGAGACCUGCAAAUACCUUUACCUGCUGUUUGAUGAGGACAACCCCCUUCACAAGUCUGAUAACAAGUACAUCUUCACUACAGAGGGGCAUGUUGUGCCUAUAGACAAGCGCUUCAGGGAGAAACAGUGGAAUGACUUGUUUCCAUGUGAAGAGGGAGUGCUGGCCGAAAGAGAGCCAAACAACCAACCUCCAACCAACAUCAGCAAUUGUAACAGGAUUCCAGAAGAGCGACGGUACACUCUGCCGUUAAAAAGUGUCUACAUGAGGCAGAUUGACCACAUGGUGGGACUGUUCUGAGCAUCAGGAACCACAAGCAGCCUUCAGUAUGUUCCCUCAGGUGUCUUCCAAACUGUUCUGCUGCUCCCAAACACAAAGUUGUGAAACUCUACACAACACCUGAGAAAAGCAGCUUAACUACAUGCUGGACUGCACAAAUGUAUGGUGUGGGUGAGUGUGUGCUCAGCAAAGACAAAUUUUCUGUCGCAGCUUGAGCACUCCUCAUCACAUUUUUGCUACCGAAUGAGAUUCUGUAUAUAAUUUUCCAACAUCUCUGCGUUUGUUGUGUGUAUGCUAUAAAAAUCGGAGCUGUGAAUGAUGUUUUGUUUAUCGGGAACAGUGUCACCUAGCCACACAUAUAAAAUGUACAGCCUAAAAGUGUCACUAAGUAUCAUAAUCGGUGCCUACUUACAAGUUAGUUAAGUUAGUAAAUUAAAGGAGAAUUCUGGGAAAUUACAGCCAAGUCUAUAUUUUUUAGAUGUAUUAGGACUCAUGUUUUCACUUGGGACAAAAUGAAUAUCAUCUGUUCAAAAUGCAAAUAAUGUUAGCAAGCAGAAGCUAACUGGCUAUUGAAUAAUAGGCAGGAUAUUAACAACUCAGAAUUUAAUUUAAAGUUUUAUUUAACCAGGUUAGUCCUGUUGAAAUUGAGAUCUCUUUUGCAAGGGAGAAAUGGACAGUUAUAAAGUUUCCAAUCCACCUAACCUGCAUGUCUUUAAAUGUGGGAGGAAACCAGAGCACCUGGAGGAAACCCACGCUAACAUAGGGAGAACAUGCAAACUCUACACAGAAAGGCCACAGGUGGGAAUUGAUCCACCAUCAUUAAAUAGAUGAAAAUAAGAGUCUGGUUGCAUGGACUGUUUCCAUUCAGAGCUAAAUGUGCACAUAUUUACAUCACUAAAUGUAUAAAUUUUUUUGAAAGAACCAGAUGUACAGUAAGCUGCUUACCCUUGCCUAGCCAUCCUCCUCUGCUGCAGCAGCUCUCUACUGUGAGUGGCACUCCACCUGUUUGCACGUUGUCGACAGCCACAGCAGAGGAUGACUAGACUCGGGUUUGGCUAACUGUAUAGUCAAUCAUGCUAAAAAUGUUUAUUAACACUUAGUGAGUGAAACAUGCACGUUUAGCUUUGCAUUGAAGUGGUCCGUGCAAAAGGACACAUCUAAUGAAGUUGUCACAUGUUUACUGGUAACAAGAAGUGGUUUACUUUGAGUUGUUAUUGCCCCGUUCGGUAAACUUAAUUAGCCGGUUAGCUUUUCUUGCUAGUCAUGGACAGAUUAAAUAUAUAUUUGUCCCGAUUGAAAAUAUGUCCCCAAAACAUCUAAAAAGUAGAGCCUGAGUUGAAAAUAGCUAGUUCUCCAAGAGAGAAACCACAGGUGAUGAAUGAUGCACAUACUGUACUUAAUCAUCUUUCUUCUGAUGUUACAGUGUUCAUAUUGUGCCUGAAGGACAUAAUCAUUGCUUUUUGGUAGGGCUGAGGCUGGUUGAUUUGUUUCUUUGUCUUUGCUGAGUAAGAAUGAACCAGAUUGUACUGUUAUAUUUUUAUUGUUAAAUAGAGCCCACAUAGUUUCCAAUCUUCACUUUUAUAGAUGCCUGCAAUGUGAUGUAGGAUAAACAUUUUAUCUCUCAGGUGUCUGGUCACUUUAUAUCUUAUAAAGAACAAAUAAAUGUGCCAUUGCCAUGUGGCCAAGCGGUUCAAAAUGACAUACGAUGACUUCAAGUGCCUUCUUAUUUUGGCCUUUCAGUGGUAAUUAUUGCAUGUACAGUAUUUAUGUAACAUGUUCACCACCUUGGAAGUUUUGAUGUUUCUAUUUUUUUAUGUACAUAUCACGUUUUAAAACAAACACUCUAGUCAUAUUAAAGCAUUCACAGUCCGGUCUUCUGAAUGCUUUACUCAACUUUGCUUCAUUUACAAGUUUUUAAAAUAUUUAUGUUAAAAUUAGCUUCAGAAGUUUCCCCCAUGAAAAUCACCAGUGUAGUCAUCCCCAGAGCUACACAAAUUUACUGUACACUGAUCUCAUAUGGCACAAUUGUCAAAUUGUCACGUUUUUUCCAAAGAAUGAAAAAGCAAUGCUUUAGUUACAGUGAAAAUAGAUAUAUAAAAAUAUGUGCUCAAAAUAAAAUAGAACUAGAAAAAUUAAACUCUCCCUUUAAUUCAUUAAGUGCAUCUUUAGAGGUCUUUAGGCUGUGUCGACUGGUCCUUCUUUAAAUUCUCAGAUUUAAAGUCUGGAUUUGGACUCAGACACUCCAGGAUGAUGUAAUUUGUGAUUCUUGUGUAGACUUGGCCUCAUGCAGAGGAUCUUGUUUUGCUUGAAAACAAAUCAACUCCCAUGUCACAGGUUUAUUUCUGUAUGUGUGAGGAUGUCCCUGUGUGUUGCUGCCUUCAUUUUUACCCUCACUAGCCUCCCAGUCUGAGAAGCUUCCAUACAGCAUGAUGCUGCCACCACAGGGCUUUAUGACCAUGUUUUUUGUUUGGUUUGUUUUGUUUUUAUGAUGAUGUGCUGUUUGGGUAAUGGCAAACAUAGUAUUUAGUUUGUUGGUUUCUGACUCAGUUUUGGUUUCAUCAGAUUGAAGAACAUCUGGUUGAUGUUCUGUGUGCCAUCUGGCCAACUGUGGCUGAGGCCUUAUAGGUUUUGUCACGAGCUGCAACUUGUGAAGUGCGUCAUCAUGAGUCCUUACAUUGAAACCACUGAAGCGUGGUUUCACUCUUUAUUACCCCAUCACACUCAGUCACAUUUCCACAACAUCCUCAAAAAUCUGGGGGGAUGCAGGUGAAAUCUGUACUUGUUUAAAACCCAGUCGAAACUGUCAAGCAUGUGGUGUAUUCUCUGUGGACAUGGAGGAUGCUGAACUUUGUACAUGUUCAAAAAAAUACACAGUGAAGAAGUGUCGGUUUGCAGGAAGAACUAAAUAAGGACAUUUUAACAAUUGCAUUGACACAUUAAUGAUUUAAUUAACCCAAAUAGGGACUUCACUGAUGUAGUUUAAUUGUGGACAGCCUCUACGAGCAGUAGUCUGUGUACUGCUUUGUGAAUGAAAUGUUUCGGCUGCGGUUCAUGGUGUUGAAAUACAGUCCUCCGCCAAAAAAAAUCUCCCCCACCUCCUUGCAAAUUGAGUAUCACUUCAAAGCACAUGCACACACACACUGAGCAUACUGGAGUGUGUGUUUAUAAUGGAGACCUGUUUGUCUACAUGUGGACACAAGAAAGCUUGCACAAUGAAGGGGGGGGCAGUGCAGCAUUGAUGAGGAAAGGAUGGAUGCAAUGAGAAUGUGAAAUACAUGUGUGCAAUGUGAUUAUAGUAAGAAUGAAUUCCAAGUGGGUGCGUGUGUGGUCAUUGUGGUUUAAAAAAAAAAGAAAGAAAAAAGUCUGAAUGUGUUUAACACUGUGAAAGCAUUUCAGGGAUGUAAUCAGGACAAAGUAUGGACUUAAACAACACAUUUUCUAUUCUGACCAUCUCCUCGCUGUAUUCAUCAAAAUUUUAUGGAUGCAAUAUAGUUUUCAUGGUCUUCAUGAGUGUGACGGGGCCUGAAGAGCUGUCCCUGGCCCCUUGGUGGCUUCAUAACUGAUGUCAUUUGCGGCUGGUCACUCAGUUUUUGAGCACAGCCUAUGUGCAGAUUUAAGUAUGGUCGCUGAUAUGGGCCACAACGCCUCCAAAUUAAGACAACACCAGCAAAAGCAUAAAACACGUUCUCAUCAAAACAAACACAGAAUGCAAAGAUAACCUACAGCACAUGUAACAAUUUAAUUUGAUAAUGUGUCUGCUGCAAAUCCACACAACAAACAAAUGCUUUGCAAAGUUUUAUAACACAAUGGCACUUCUUGCAACACAACAGAAGUACUUGCGACACAAAAAGAAGUUUCUUUUUUGACUUCUGCUCUUCCUUGCAUUGCAAAUAAAAUAGUAAAAUGUGAAAAUAUAGUGAACGUAAGUGUAAAAUGAUGACUAAAUUAAAUGAAUCAACUUUGUUCUGGUGACCUGAUAGUGAUGGAGCAUGUUGAAAUCCUCUGGGCUAAAACCACACUUGGUUUACUCUCAACUUGACAGUCUUGUCCCUCUCUGUAAACUAAAGUUGCAAUGAUUAAUCAGCUAUUAAAUGGCAAUUAAGUCAUUGUUUUGAGUCAUAAAAAAUCCAAAUUGUCUGAUUUCAGUUUCCAAAUGGGAAUAUUUUUCUGGUUUCUUUACCCCUACCUGGCAGUAAACUGAAUGUGUCUUUGGGCUGUGAACAAAACAAGACAAUUGAAGGCAUCAUCUUGUGCUCUGGAAAACACUGAUUGACAUUUUUCACCAUUUUUCUGGCAUUUAUUUCACUGAUUUUUCAAAAGCGUUUUUCUCUUGAUUAAUUGGUUCUGAAAAUAAUCCCUAGUUUCAGUCCUGCUAUAAAUGCUCUCUCUUUCUGAAUGGUGUAUUAUCUGGAGAAUGAUUCACUGACUUGUUUUCUUUUUUUGGCCUUUUUGAUCAUCCCCCUCACUUGUUUCUGCUCACCUUUUCCUGGAGUUGCUUGUGGUGGUGUUUUAUUUAACAUAAUUCGGUCCAUUCAGACACAUUUAUUCAAGUUUGUGGCCAAUUUAAUGUUUUUGAUGGGGGGAGAAGAUGAUUCUCUCUGCCCCACUAAAUUGUGACUCUUAAAACCAAAAUGGACGCAUGUGAGGUGGUGUCAUCAUAUGUUAUGUUAUAGUGUCUGUUAAUAUCUAUAUGAUUAACAAGUUUUGAGUUUUACAUUUUGUCUAAAAAACAAUUAAUGUAAUAUGAUGCCGUGCAAAAAAGCAAAGAAAACAUGAAAACCUCGUUUUUGGUGAUUACACUGGUCAACAUUGUUUUUCUUGCAUGGUCAUUUUUCAAUGGAUUUUGGCUAAUUUGGGGGCACUUAAUCUGAAUCUGGUGUUAGUUUUUGCCAAUCACAUCACGUUUUUGAGAUAUGAAAAGAUAUUUCUCGUAUAAAGCAUUGAAGCAAAAGCUGCAGUCUGGCACACCUUUUCAGUGCCAUAAACGAUAUUACGGCUCUUUCUUCACAUUUCACGACCCUGGUUUAAAAGCUAUGUUUUUGAAGCUGCUUUUCUGUAUGACUAGUGGUGUCAAACUUGUGAAUGAAUGAACAACUUUUGUAUAAUCCAUCAAUAUGGAACAUGGAGAUUGCGACCCCCCCCCCCCCCCCAAAAAUGAUGUGAUCGAGGAAAUCUGAGCACCCCAAAAUUACAAUAAAUCAGGUCUCAAAGCCUAUGCAAGAAAUGGUUUUUGUUUUUGUUUUGUUUUGUUUUUUUUGGUUGACCAGUGUUGUUAUUAUUAUUGCUAUUGGCACUACUAGAUGUGAAUGUUAUUGCCAAGUAUUUUAUUGAGGUCGCUGUUGAUUCAGCACACAGGUGCAACUGGUUGUGUGCACAGUUUUACCCUGAGCGAGGCACAAAGCUCCUGUUUUAUACAUGCUUAAAAAAAAGCCAUAAUGUCUAUUUUAAUUCUGUCAAGCGUGUGUGUGUGUGUGUGUGUCAGUGUUUGAUCAUCUUUCUAUCAGACAUGAAAAUUCUUUGAUGAAAGUAAACUGUCUUGCAUAAUACUUAAUACUGUUUAGGUGGAGUCAGACCAUCUGUCUUGUCAGUUCCAGUUUUUCUUGGAAAACUGCACAUCAUCAUGACUUAUACUGAUGUGCAGAGAACUCAGGGUUUAAGAAAAAAAUCAUUGUUGCCUAGCCUUAGCUAUUUAUGUUUCAGGUUCUAACAAUUGUUGAUUCAAUAAUAAAAAUAACAGAAAUUAAGUACA